AUGUUGAUGAAUGUUUCACUAUUCGUGAGUCCUGCUCCUCUCUCAGAAGAAGUGAAAGUGUCAAAAUCGACUUCUUUCUCAUCAACACCAUUGACGACACCCUUUCUUCCCAUCUUGUUAAUGCAUGGAGUCACAGCUGAUAACGGAUCCAUGUCCGAUUUGGAACAGUUCAUUCGACAAGCUGUACCUGCUGGUACUUUUAUUACUUCCAUCAAUUCUGAGAAUACUGUUCAAUCCUUGUUGAAACCCAUGUGGGAACAAGUGACAGAUUUCAGUCAAAAAGUGGACGAGUUGAAAAAGAGAAUUGGUUUUUCGGAAUUUCAUUUGAUUUGUCAUUCACAGGGAGGAUUGUUGUGUCGAUCGUAUAUUCAAUUGACGAAAAAUCAUGGAGUACGAGUGUUUAUUUCAUUGAGUGGCGUUCAGAAUGGAGAAUUUGGAAUUCCACAACCGACCAAUUCAGUUCUGCAAUUGUUGCAUCAAGAAUUUCCUUGGUUGUGGAACAUGACAAUGAAAGAGGUGUAUCGAGUGUUUUAUACAGAUUUCUUUCAAAAGAUGUUAAGUGUGGCAAAUUAUUGGAAAGAUCCCUAUCAUUAUAUGGAAUACCGACUCUAUAAUCAAUUUCUUUCCAUUGUCAACAAUGAUUCUCUCACGACCGAUUAUGCUAAAAUUUACAAUUUUAAAGAAAAUUUUUUACAAAUUGACAAGAUAAUUCUCACUGGUUCUCCUCAAGAUGAAGUAAUUCAUCCUUACUUUUCUGCAUUCUUUGAAUUUUACAAACUCAAUUCCAAUACCAUGCAAUUGCUAAUUUCACCCAUGCAAGAACAAGAUAUUUAUGUGAGAGAUGUGUUUGGAUUGAAAACUCUUGACAUUCAAAAGAGAUUAAUUAUUGAGAAUGUCCCAAAUGUGUUGCAUAUGGAUUGGAUCGAACGAAGAGAUUUAUUCGAAAAAUAUAUGCUUCCUUAUUUGUAUUAA